UGAAAAGUUCCAAACCGUUUUCUUUCUCCUCGGUAAUCAUGAGCCUUUUCAUACGUCCUGGGAGUUUGCAAGAACAAGAAUGCGCGACUUUGAAACCGCUAUAGAGAAAGAGCGUCAAUCCGGGGUGCUACUCGGCCGUUUUGUAUUCCUCGAUAAGACAAGAGUUGAUUUGUCGUCAAAAGUCACUAUCUUGGGCUGCACGCUGUUCAGUGACAUUCUUACCGAACAAAAAGAGCUUGUUAGCAUGAAGCUAAAGGAUUUCGAUAAUAUCGAUGAUUGGGCAAUCGAAGACCACAAGGCCGCGUAUAACGCUGACUUGGCCUGGCUAAACGAUCAGGUUUCUCAGCUUGCUACAUCUGAACCGCAUCUCCAAGUCACAAUCCUCACGCACUAUUCACCUACGUUGGAUCCUCGAUCCAUGGACCCCAGACAUACGGGCAGCAAGAUAUUUUCAGGCUUCAUGACAGAUCUCUCGAAUGAGAUCUGUUGGAAUAGUCCAGUUGUCAAGACAUGGAUAUUCGGCCAUACACACUUCAACUGCGACUUUGUGGAUGAAGGAACUAGGAAAAGGAUCUUAGCAAAUCAGCGAGGAUACUCUAGGUCGCCAUCAAAAGGUUUUGACCCGGAAAAGACUGUUACUCUGGGAUAAAUGUUUCGGUUUAUGUGAGAUAUCAUAUUAGGUGGAAUCGAUAUAUUCCUUGCUAUUAGCAACACUAGAAACCAGAUAGAUGGGUCGGAGAUGAAAUAAGACGUGCU